GUUGAUGAAGGUAGCAUAAAAUGGUCAUACUAAAUGAUUAAACGAGUAGGUACUUACAUUUCCUAAUACGCCUACCAAAACGGGCGGCAGUUUAACUUGUUCCCCAGCAAUGGUCUGGUAGCCAACAUCUCUAAGCUCAGUGGUGGCGCCAACCUCUUUCAAUUUCUCUUGCAUCCACUCCACCAUACGGACGCAGUCCUUACGGUACUUAACAUCAGAAGAUACCGAUGGAAUUGCAACCGCUUCCUUUAAAAGUUGCUUAUAAGAAUCCGUAUUAUCAUCAACGUACUUAAAUAUUUGAGGUAAUAUUCUAUCAGCCAUCUUUAGGUUUUCCUUGGGUGUAACUGAAGAAAUUCGACAAACAGGACGAUUAAUAUAAUUCUUUGUGAGACACGACACUCUUGCUGCCGCGAACUUUAUAUCAUUACAAAUGCAUUUCACCGUUCUAAUCAAACACGAAGUCAUGGUGGUGUUAGUAAAAUGACAGCUGUCACUUUGACGUUAUUGACAUAUUCUAUUUGACAAGACAAGAUGUAGUGAAACGAAACGUUGAAAGAAAAGUUAUGAUUUUGAUUUAAAAAAAAGGAUUUUUUUAUUUUACCGUCAUCAUCACGUCCGCCACAAUCUUAUCAGGUUCGAUUCCCAGGUCGGCAAAGUAUUACUGGGUUUUAAAUAAAAUCUCAGUGGUAGCACGGAGUCUGGAAUUGUGCCCGGUAUAUGGCCAUAGGCUCACCUCCUAUUACAUGGGGCUCAUAACAUCAAUAGUGAAAAGUGGGUGUUACAUGGUACAGUGGUAUUAAGUGUCGUAAUGUGCACCUCUGCCUACCCUCUGGAGGUAAAAGGCGUGAUGUUAUAUUAUGUGCAAACGUUUAAUAGAUCUUACUAUUACUAAAAAUCAAGAAUCUCGUACAUAGGUCGAACAGCAGUAAGCGCCAGUGCCGAAACAAAGAUUUACGGAUCGGGCAAGUUGUCACUGUGUUCAGUGUUGAGUGGUGUUGCUCGACAUAGUCGAUAUUCAGAUAAAAUUUCAUUUUGAACUUGAUAAACUUCUACUCGCAGCUAUAGCCAAGCAGCCUGUAUAAAUCCACAAAGGAGUUGAAAGGACGAUGUAUAAUUACAUGCUGCGUAGGACGAUGAUUCAACCAGGACAUGGUGAUCUAGGUAGGUACCUAAAAUCUCCGUCCGCGUUUGGAUCUAGACAAUGCGGUUUAUGUUCAUACUGCAUUUUGCAAGACGGGCAUGUAGACCUAUAGGUGAGAUACCGAAUAACUAAGUGGGUUUCGCACAAUGUAAUACUUUUAACAUGGUUUAUGGGUAUGAUUUCCCCUAUACUUACUCUUUGGAUAUGAUGUUUCAUUCUAAUCAAAAGAUUGUCAAUUUAUCAGUCACUUCGUCAAUUAAGUUUACCGAAAUGUGACCAACAAAAUUAUAAACUAAUUAGAAGCAUGUAUAUGUUCGUAAUCAUCUUAUGAAGUAUAGAUAUACAUAUAAAUACGAUCCAUCAUAAUAAUUGUUACAGAAUACAGUGACAAUACUUACGAACAUGUGCUUCAAAAACAAAAAUAAUAAGACAAGAAAACAUGGAAUCAAAACAAGAUAACGACUACAUCACCUGCCCCAAACGAAAAAAGGAAACAUUUUCAGAUUUAAAAAUACAUUCAGACAAAGGAGAUUAUUUUGCCCCUGCAAGUGAAAUCUACGGAAAAGUCAGUGAACCAAGACCUAUAUGUGUUUACAAUAAAAGCAACACAUUUAUUUAUGAUUUUCAUAAAAAGACAAAGACAGAAAAAGUGCCGGAAAACACUAACGCCUACCAAAUCCAUAACAAAAUCUGCCAUAUACUGCUCAAGCCAAUGGAUAUAUACUUUUACGACACCAAAAACAAGUGUUACUAUAGCAGCUUUAACCCCAUUCUUGCGGGAAAUAGCUGCUAUACGUAUUCUGGUGCGGAUGUUAAUCGUUUACUGAUCUUUAUGGAAUACACAAAUAAAACUAUAGAACGCUUAUUCAGAGAAUUAAAUAAAAUUCAAAGCACUCCUGAUUUAAGUGCAGUUAUUUUAGUCAUCAAUCCUAAAAAAGUCAAAGAACUAUUAAAAGUCAACAAAGAAAAGAUUAAAAUAAAUGUUAAAAGUGGUUAUUUUAAUUACAAGACUAGAGACACGUCCUUAUAUUUUAGUAAUGUGACAAACGAUCAUUUUGAUAUUAAAAUUAAAAAUCAUUGCGUUGGAUUAAAAAUAUCAAUUCGCAAAUAUACAGGAACUCUAUUGGAAACUCUAACGGCCGUGUGUAACAUGGCUCGUUGCUUCUUUCCUACUGUUGAAAUAAAAGUACCAUCCGUUUUUGGACGCAACUGGUAUUUUCGGAAUGUCAUUCAAGGAAUUUUACUGAAAAUACUCUUAAAAAAUGCUAACGUAAACAAUUUAAACAUUGCGAGCCAGUUAUAUUAUGUGUUGAUCACAGACGCUAUCCCAUAUUUCAGCAUAGAAAUUAACUUAAUAUUGAAAAAAGGAGUGUAUAUAACAUGUACAACAUACUCUUCAAAACAUUUUAUAUCAAAUGUAACAGAAUGGAGUUACUUACACAAAUAUAUUUUAAGAAAGUCUAGAUCAUGCGGCAAUUGGCUUAUUAUCAACAGAUUAUAUGAAACGCCACAUAAGUCAUUAAAAGCAAUAACAUAUUAUACAAAAUCUACAGCAAGUAACCAAGCAGAUACUUCAUUGCAUUACCAAGAAUCAACUGAAAGUUUUGACAGAAAAACUUACAUCAGGUACAGCAAUACAGACAUAAUAUUAUACAGCCUAAGUCAUUCAGAUAUUGCAGAUUUUUUUUCUGUAAAUCAAAGUGUUGGAACUUCAUUCACUUUUCCUGCAAACGAAAUUAUAUUCAAUAAAUAUCAACCAACCGAAACGAAAAAUGCGAGUACAAUCUGCGACAUUGAAGUAAAUAUCUCUUUGUUGAGCUGCAGCAAAUUGUUUCUGAGAACAUUGUUCAACGACUUGAAAAUAAUGAAUUACUGUCUCAAUGUGCAUAGUCAGCAUGACUUCAUACAUAAAACUUUGUGUGAAGCUGUGCCUGCAGCAACAUACACAAAAUUUGUUUGUGAAUAUUGGAAGCAGUUUAAAAAUCAAAAACUAUAUACGAAUCUUCUUAAAUGUCUUACGCAAAACUUAAUAUAUACGUUUUUAAGUUCUAAAAUAUAAAUAAAAAGAUAAUGUUUAAAAAACAUUUUUAUUUUCAUUUAGUCAUAAAAAGCGUGGAUGUCAUCAAAUAAAUAUCAAAUAUAAAACAUAAUUAUAUCCUAAUAACACUUGGAUUCAAGAGUUCAACAGUGAAUUCUUUAAUACUUAGUGAUAUUAUUAAUUAGUUUAAUAUUUAGUAUGUAUACGAUGUGUGAAUUCACAUGAGGUACUUAUGUAACAUUAGAAAACUGUUUAUUCGUAUUAGCUAUAGUUAACACGUACCUAUUCUAAUAUUAAAUAUUGUAGCGAGGGCAUCGACGUUUAUCAGUAUAAUAGUGGUUGUGUUGACUGACACAACGUUGGCGUGGAAUGUUUUCUAACGUCUACCUUCAAAGCUCUAUUCCUCCUUUACAUAAUACCCUCAUAUGGACAGUCUUCUUUCCUAAUACUUCUCUGGCUUCCUCUCAACAGUUGACAGUCCUUAGUAUGCUG